GCUCUUUUCUCUCACCCGAGGACUACUAAGUUAACAAACUUGUGGCGCAAGGGUUGUACUUUUAAUUUUAAUAAUAGCCUAUGUGUUGUUAUAAUGGCGUUCGUCGAAGUUGCUUUGAGCGUUUAGAUGUUUGAAAACGGUCGCGGAAAAUUACAAUGAAGCUAAACUAACAUUCAUUCAGGACUAAGAAGAAGAACCAGCGGCACGUGCCUGUCCUCGUUCAAAAGGAAGCAUGGGGUCAUUACGAAAGCCCAGACCCCGUUUCAUGAGCUCGCCCGUGCUGUCAGACCUGGCCCGCUUUCAUGCCAGCUCGCCAACAUUGCAGCUGUCCAACGCCAGUGUUUGGAACAGUGUUCAGACAGCUGUUAUUAAAGUGUUUGAAGGUGGAGGACUUCAGCCCAAUGAGCUUUACACCUUAAAUGAAAGUAUAAGGUGGCUUUUGAGGACUGAGCUGGGAUUUAUCACUGAAUACUUUCAGGAUCAACUCUUGAAUAAGGGUCUGACGAGUAUUUUAGAAAAGAUUCAGCUUCAUGAUGAUGAAAACCGUCUCCAAGCGCUGUCUGAGAUGUGGGUGAGGUUUUUCACAGAGAUCCUGCCAACUCUUCAAGCUAUUUUCUACCCUGUGCAGGGUCAGGAGUUGACUGUCAGGCAAAUGGCUCUGCUAGGCUUCAGGAACAUGGUUUUGUUAAAGCUUUCCUUGGAGAAGGUACUUCAGGACUCCUCGUGUCCUCCUUCAAUCACACAGAUGCUGCUCGUUCUGCAGGGCAUUCAUGAGCCCAACGGACCAACGCAAGAGUAUUUUCUACUGGAGAGACUAGUAGAAAUGGUUAUAUCGCCUUACCUGAGUAACUACCUCAACAGGAGUCCGAGUGAUUCUUCUUCAGAGGGUAAAACUCCACACCUCACUCAACCAGAGAUUAUGGUGACGCAUUUUGCCCAUGAGUCCUUCCUGGCACCUCUAAUUGAACACGAAGGUGAAGCCUAUUUGGAAAGGACUGCCGGUGUGAGACGCCACACUGUCGCCAACGUGCAAUCGGACAUCCAGCUCCUGACCAUGAAUAACAGGAUGCGCUCAGAGAAAGUCGAGGUCAGUGGGACAUCCAGAACAACCAAGACAGAGAGCAAAAGGACACCUAAGACUCCUUUUUGCAGCGAACCUGCCUUUUUUGACUCCCUGCCAAGUGGCAUGGAAAUCCUGCGAGGCCAAAGCAAUGCAGAGAUGAAGUGUGGCUUAACUAGUUAGAAAAGCGUCACUAUCUGUUCACUGCAAUCUUCUAAAGUCGAGAUAACUGAGACAAGCUAGGACGUGUUCCUUUAACACUAGAACCGCCAUGAGGUAAAAUUGACCCAUUUCUGUUUUCAGAUUGUAACAUAACAGAAAAAAAAACUAUAGAAACUAUUUAUGAAAUCAAGAUAAAGUUUUUUAGAUGUUAAUAUCAGUAUGCUCCUGAUAAAUGAAGCGACUAAGCCGAAGGAAAUGAAUGAAUGAAUACCAGUAUGUUAGUCUUAAGGAUAUCCAUAAGCUAGUGUGUUCCAAAACUUCAAUAUUAGGAACAUUCAUUCAUUUUCCUUCGGCUUAGUCCCUGAUUAUCAGUGGUCCCCACAGGGUAAUGAACCACCAACUAUUCCAGCAUAUGUAUUUUUGCAGCGGAUGCCCUUACAGCCGCAGCCCAGUACUGGAAAACACCCAUACACUCUCACAUUCACACACACACUAUGGCCAAUUUACUCAGUUCACCUAUAGCACAUGUCUUUGGACUAUGGGGGAAACCGGAGCACCCGGAGGAAAUCUAUAUAAACACAGAGAGAACAUACAAACUCCACACAGAAAUCCCAACUGGCCCAGCUGGAAGUCAAACCAGCAACCCUCUUGCUGUGAGGCGACAGUGCUAACCACUGAGCCACUGUGCCUCCUAUUAAGAACAUAUAAACCUGAUAUAAACAUCCAAAGCUUGCAGUUUAUUGCUCUCAAACGCUCUCUAGUAUCUGACAUGCCCCACCCCCUUCUUUGCUAUUUGCACUUGUGCUCAACCAGCUGUAACUGGCAGAGCUGUGAUAAAAAUGAAAUGCUAUUGGCUUUGGUUUUUUUAAAAGGGGAGGAGUCCUGUCUCUACAUUUCAGUUUAAAUUACGUCACACAACAAAAUCGAACAAAACUGCACAUUUCCUUUAAUGAUUUUCUGUUUGUCUUCGGUUGAUAUUGAUAUCUGAAAGCACCAAAAACCAACUCGCCCAUAACUCAUCAAGACCACCCCUUUUUCAAAUUUCCACUAUUGACUUUAUUCUUCAAUGCGGAAGUGCUCUCAUUUUUGUGAUUGUUUUAGAACUUCCGAUUCAGUUGCCUAUAAAAAUGACUAGAAAUAAUCAACGGCAGAAAACGGUCAAAGUGUGUUUAUGACUAUACUUAAAAAGUAGGUUAAUGUAAGAAAAUAUCAGUUUGGAAUAAAAAUCAAUGGAAGUGUAUGAGACUGGAAGUCUCGAGCCAAGAAUAAGGUCAAUAGUUACUAGACAUACCCCUUAAGCCUGAUUUAUACUUUCGCCUGGCACCGCAUCGCAAACCUCCGCUGAUUGUGUGCGCACCUCACGAAACGGAUGAGGCUUUUAUACUUUUUAUGCCGCUGAGAUAUUCUUCAAAAAUGACAAGGAGCGGUCAAAAGAAACUGACCGUAAGUCGAUUUUUUUAAACUAAUUAUUUUUAUAAUAUAAUUUAUUGAGCAUAAAGAUUUGUAUAACCCUUUAAGAUUUUUUUUUUAUCAAACUUUGAUGCAUCACUUGCUUUUGUUCAUAUCUUAGACAGUUCUACCUAUUAAAGUUUAUUAAUAUUUUAAUGCACCACAGGCUCAUUGUAAAAACGUAGCCCUGCGGACGUUUCUGGAGACCACGAAUUAUGUAACCAGAGCUACAUAUGGCUGCAUUUCAUUUUUUUAAACAAACGCUACGGGGCGGUGUGAAGCCUUUCCUUUUCACGCUUACCAGCUGACCGCUUACCUCCGUAUGGAAGGCAUUCCGGCUGCAACCAGUUUGUCCGGUUAGCACGUCACGUACAUCAGCGGACUUGAGACGUAGAGUAGAGUUGACCACGAAGAGGGGGGUCGAGUCCGGUGAAGAGCGGUUCCAGAAAGCAGGUAAGACAAAAACAGAAUCCAAAAAAUAAAACAAACAAGUGAAUAGCAGGGUGAGAAUGUGGUAAAAUCUGAAAACGUGGUUAAAAAAAUAAAAAAUCAGACAAGGGCUUUUAUUUAUUUAGAUUGCUUCUGAAACACGUUGGUUGGGUUUAGGGAAGGGGGUGGGCGAGUCAAUCGAUAAAAUUGGUUGGGUUUAGGGAAGGGGGAGGAUGGGUCAGCCGAUCGUUCGUUCAGUCAGUCAAAAAGUCUGUUAAAAAGUCAACAGCGGCCUCUAGUGGGUUUACGCAGGAACAGCAGGCGCGAAUGGCACUCGCGAGGUAAAUUUGAGAUCUCAAAAAGCAUACACAGCGAUCUCUGGUGUAUUCACGAAAACAAAAACUGCAGAAAAACCUUCUGCCAGGACGUAUUUUGCGGUCUCCAGGAACGUCCGUAGAGGUACGUUUUCAGAAUGAGCCAGGGUUGCAAUAAUGACAAGAGAACGUGGGUUGCUAUACAAAAGCAAAAGUACACUUUCUAAAAAUACAUAAGUUUUUUUUUGGAUUUAGCCCAUUCCACAAUCGACACAUUACUGUCUGGCCAUUUUCUGUCCUCUACUUAUGCUAAAAAGGCAAUAGUGGUCCAAAAUUCCUGACCAUUAUCACCAAUAAAGCCUAAAAAACAGGGAAUAAGUAUAUUGUAAACCGAUAGGUUCAAUAGUCUUUUCCAGUUAUCAAAGAAAUAUUGUGUUUUUUUUUAUUCUAGUUUUGUAACUAUUAAAUUGUUAUAAACUCAAAAUUGUAAUAUUUACAUCAGUGUUAAACCUCUGAAUAGUAGAAAAACAUUCUGUAAUUGUGUACCUGGGUCUCCACUUUUGCCACGGCCUCUUUUAGCUUUAACAAACUUAUCCCUCAGGUUUUUCCAAACUUUUUAACAAAAAUGUUCUCCUUUCCCAUGGCUGUUGCAAUUUCUAGCCAAGAAUUGUUGGUCAUCUGGUUCUCCCUAUGAUCAUGCAUUGACAGAUCAUAAAGAUGUCUGUACAGGCAUACCGGUUUCAGACCAACCUCUUCAAAGUGAUUCAUAUUCAACUCAAAUCAAACACAGCGCCGCACGAACUGUUUGCUCAAUUUUCAAAAAAAAACAUGCGCAAAUCAUGUCGCGCACCCAAAGUGAACCUGCCCAAACAAAGCAAUGAUGUCACAUUCGCCGCGCUCACUCAAGUGAACUAGCAAACGCGUCAAGUAUAAACCAGGCUUUACUGCUGAUUGGCUGCGAGGAUGUUUUGGGAUUCGGUCCGACACUGGUCAAAAUAUUUUCAAAUAUUUCUUAGUGCAAUACAUCCCAAUGCAAGAUGUCUUAACACACUAGAAACAAUAAAGUGUAAAGGUUUUAGUGGUAUUUGUAUUGAAAAUCUAAUAAAAAAAAACAAUUUACAUUACACUUGCAUUAUACCAAGGCAACAACUGGCGCAUUUGUAUGACAUUCCAAAGAGCUCUUUUAUCAGCACCACAGUGUAAAACAUCCACCAACCUGAUUUCACCAAGUACAUGUUUUUGGAUUAACAUCUAUAUUGAUCCUGGAACAACAUUUCAAUCAGCCAAUCAGAAUUAAGGGAUAUGAUUACAGUUUAUAUUAAGUUUAGAUUUACAGUUAGGUUUAUGCACUUCUACAUUUCAAACAAAAAUUAUCUUUCAGGAUCAACAUAGAUGCUAAUGCAGGAUCACAUCGUACUUGGCAAAAUCAUGACAUGUGGGAAAUGAAGCCAUAUCUGUGCUGACUGGGCCCGAUUGGCACGGAAAGUAUUGGUUAAGCAAAAGAACCAUAUGGUCAAAUAGUGGAAAAGCAGCAUUCCUAAAAAAUCUAUGUUAUUUAUACUCCCUGUUAAGCAUUACUGAGAUCAAAUCUAGUUAAAUAUGGAGUGUGCACAGCUGUAUGAGCCAAUAGGUCAGAUUUACCAGUGUAAUGCUUUUAUUUUUGCUCUGUCACUUACAAAUGUUUUCACGCUCUAUGUUGAUAGCUAAUGUCUUUUACCUGCUGAAGAUCAGUUUUAGUCACACUAGAUAAACAAAGGAGAUUUAUGGAAGCCAAACAGGUAUAGCUCAUUUUAACUGAGAUGUAUGGUUUAGUAUGGUGCGGUAUAGAAUUCACAUUUCGGAAGUCCAAAACCAAAAUAGUGAACCGUACCCCAUUUUGGCACUCUAUGAUAUGGCUACCUAAGACUUUAGUCACUGCAGAAUGCUGAUUGGUUCACAGAAAAUCAUUACUUGAGCAUGCGAGAGGAACAACAACAUAGAAAGCACCAUUUUUAAAUACACAGCUGAAUAACAACACCGUAAUAAUAAUAAUUGUAUUAUUUAUUUAUUAUUUAUUUAAGUUUAAUAAUAAUAAAAUGACGACAUGCCGCAACAAACCAUGGUCCAAAGCUUGCAGUUUUCUUGUGACAAAUGGUCCCAUGGCAAACAUGAGCAGUAUCUGCUGCAUGUCCUCAAUUCUUGUCAACUGUGCCAUUCACAUGUCACGUCUAAACGUGCUGAAAACUUGAGGGCGCCACUUCCUCUGUAUAUUUGUGUUACAUUUAAAAUAAUGAACUUGAGUGUGCAAAAGACGCAAUAUGUUAAUGGCCUGUACGGCUUCUUUUUUUUUGUACAAGAUUGAUGUCUCAACUUUUUUGGUGUACACCAUGCCUACCGAGUAUAAAGGAUGCUAUUGGCAGUGGAACCGCAAGCCUGAUCAGUGUAACCUGUAUCGUAUACACUACCUGACAUAAGUCUUGUCGCCUAUUCAAGUUUUAGGAACAACAAAUAAUAACUUCUAAUGGAUCAUUUGUUAUCAGAAGUGGCUUAAAUGAAAGGCAAAGGCCUCUGGAUUACACUUAUGAUACCAAAAAAAAUAUGAUCAUGUCUUGAUUUUUAAUGAAUUAAUAAAGACAGUAAGCUCUGAAUUUGCUUAGACAAAAGUCUUGUCACUUAACAGAAAUAAUUUACAGUAUAGAAUAUAAAGUCAUGGUGCAGUGGAAAAGGAAUUAAUAUUGUGUAUGACUCCCAUGAGCUUGACGACUGCAUCCAUACAUCUCUGCAAUGACUCAAAUAACUUAUUACUAAAGUCAUCUGGAAUGGCAAAGAAAGCAUUCUUGCAGGACUCUCAGAGUUUAUCAACAUUCUUUGGAUUCAUCUUCAAUGCCUCCUCCUACAACUUACCCCAGACUUGCUCAAUAAUGUUCAUGUCUGGUGACUGGGCUGGCCAAUCCUGGAGUAUCUUGACCUUGUUUGCUUUCAGGCCCUCUCAUGUGGUUUGCCAUGUAAUGGGCAACACAAAUAUCUUGAUACCUCAGGCUGUUGAUGUUGCCAUCCACUCUGCAGAUCUCUCACACAGCAAACUGAAUGUAACCCAAACCAUGAUUUUAGUUUAAAAAAAACUUGACAGAUUUUUGUGAGAAUCUUGGGUUCUUGUGGAUUCCAAGAUGUCUUCUGCAGUGUUUGUGAUGAUUAUGAUGCAGUUCAACAGAUGAUUCAUCUGAAAAAUUUACCUUAUGCCACUUUUCAAAUGAUCAACGAGAAGUCAAGUUAUUAUUUGUUGCUCUUACAACUGAGAUGGACGACAAGACUUUUGUCAGGUGGCGUACACUGUACUGUACCGUUUAGUGUAUAUGAGGUGUAAAUGAUGAGUGUUGAUGAGUCUGAUAUCAUAUAUAUGAGUGUUGUAUCCUGUAUCUGCUCAGCAUCACA